AUGAACACAAGAGGUACUCGCAGAAAGGGUACACGAGGCCACGAUAGAGGCCGAGGAAGUGCUAGAGCUGGGUCUUCAACAUCGAGUCACAUGCCUGCUAGGGAGGCACUAGCCUCACCAAUAACUGAAACAAGGUCUCAUGACCGAGCAGCUGGGGAUGAUUCUCUAUCUCAAGUAAUGCUACGUGAUCUUGAAAGGUACGAGGUAGAGUUUCUGCGACUGAGUCAGUAUGCUCACGGGAUAAUCACAAAUGAGUAUGAACGCUAUGUGCAGUUUGAAGAUGGCCUCCGGGAUGAGUUACAUGUGCUGAUAGCUCCGCAGAGGGAGCGAGACUUUGAUACCCUUGUUGAGAAAGCAAAAAUUGCUGAGGAUGUGAAGUGCUCUGAGCUCCAGAAUCGCGAGAAAGAUAGGGGCAGAAAUAAGAGGGAUUUUGGACCCUCGAGUUCUUCUGGAAGGCCUAUGAAGAGGGCCAAAUUUGAUGGGUCAGUCCAAGUGGUUCCUGUUGUUUCUGCAAGACCGCAACCUUACGCUGAUUGUAAGAGAGUUCACCAGGGCAGAGUUGCUGGUAACACUGAGGCAACACAGCUAGCCUUGUUCUAUGCUGCUCAUCGCCGAGAGGAUGGUGAUGCCCUUGACGUCAUAACUGGUAUGUUCUUGAUUUAUAAUGUAUCAUACACUGCUUUAAUUGACAUUGGGUCUACACACUCGUAUGUUGCAUGCACUGUGUCUGGGAUGCUGGGUAUUCAAUUUGAAAAUACUGUUAGUGAGAUUACUGUGUUGAGUCCAGUAGGACAGUCGGUUAGGGUGAAUAAGUUGUUCAGAGGCUUGCCCCUAGAGGUCCAAAGGGUUGUCUUUCCGGUGGAUUUGAUAGAACUGUCGUUUGGAGAAUUCGAUAUUAUAUUGGGCAUGGAUUGGCUAGUGAAGUACCGUGUGAAAUUGGAUUGCACUGCUAAGCAUACAGUGUUGAAGUCUACUGAGGAUGAUGAGGUGAAUGUGAUAGGCGAGCAAAGAGAUUAUCUGUCUAACGUAAUUUCAGCGUUAAGGGCCGAGAAACUGGUUCAGAAGGGUUGUGAGAUGUUUUUAGCUUAUACUAGCAUUUCUAAUUCUAAAAGUCCUUCUGCUGAAGAUGUUAGAAUUGUUAAGGAGUUUUCGGAUGUAUUUCCUGAAUAG